AAAAAGGGAGGUGAGAGUUUAUGGUCAUUGUAGUGAUUCUAUUCUCAAAUUCCAUCUCGUCCCUUCCCUUUUGCUUUCCCAAGUGGUCUUCUUGUCCGUCUCUUAUUCUAGUCUUUAAUUAGACUUUAGAAUUAGAAAUUCCGCAGAGUGAGUGACGCCAUUCCACUUCUUCGCUUCGUGUCCCUUCUCUCCAUCCAACACGGCACCUUACUUCUUCUUCAUACUUCCUACUUCCACCUUACCUAUAUUCCCUUUUCAUUCUCCUUCUGACCUUCUUUUCUCAAUCCCCGCCAUGGGAGACGACGGGCGUCUGCAUGCUAUUGACGACGACGACGACGAUGCUUCUUCCGCCCACCAACUCUCUUACAUCGAUAUCUAUCCUCUCAGCAACUACUACUUUGGAUCCAAAGAGCCUCUUCUUUUCAAGGAUGAGACCUUGUCUGAUCGUGUCCUCAGGAUGAAAUCCAAUUAUGCUGCUUACGGAUUGAGGACUUGCGUCGAAGCAGUUAUGCUGGUUGAACUAUUCAAGCAUCCUCAUUUAUUGCUGUUUCAAAUACGUAAUUCAAUUUUCAAGCUUCCUGGUGGUCGCCUAAGGCCCAACGAAUCAGAUAUUGAUGGCUUGACACGAAAGUUGUCGAAGAAGCUUUCUGCCAAUGGAGCCUCUGAUGCAUCUGAUUGGGAGGUUAGCGAGUGCCUCGGUAUGUGGUGGAGGCCUGACUUUGAGACCUUGCUCUUUCCGUAUUUGUCCACUAAUGUAAAAGGGGCGAAGGAGUGCGCUAAACUUUUCUUGGUCAAGUUGCCGGAGAGUAAAAAAUUUGUUGUGCCAAAGAACCUCAAGUUGAUCGCAGUUCCUUUAUGCCAAAUUCACGAAAACCAUAAGACAUAUGGACCGGUUAUAUCAGGCAUUCCGCAGCUUCUUUCUAAGUUCUCCUUCAACAUCAUCGGAACAUAAGACUCACAUCUUAUUAAUUACAACAGAUGAAGAACUAUGGUCGGAGAAAAAAAUAUUUAUUAGUGCAUUAUAGAGCUGUCAGCUAACUUUAUAUGAAUGUUGACAGACCCUUGUAUAAAACAUAUUAUAAUCACACAAACAUAUAUGUUGAUGAUUUUGUAAGUAUAGAGAUAUAUAUAGUAGUAAUAUAGGUCCACAUUGUGACUUUACAA